AUGGAUUACAGUUAUAAUGAAGAUCUGGAUGAGCUGUGUCCUGUGUGCGGGGACAAGGUGUCGGGAUAUCACUAUGGACUGCUGACCUGCGAGAGCUGCAAGGGUUUCUUUAAGAGAACAGUCCAGAACAAUAAGCGUUACACUUGCACAGAGAACCAGAGCUGCAAAAUAGACAAGACCCAAAGGAAGAGAUGUCCAUACUGUCGCUUUCAGAAAUGUCUCAAUGUUGGGAUGAGAUUGGAAGCUGUUCGUGCUGACCGCAUGAGGGGAGGGCGCAACAAGUUUGGACCAAUGUAUAAAAGGGACCGAGCUUUAAAGCAGCAGAAGAAAGCCUUGAUCCGUGCGAAUGGUAUCAAACUAGAGACUGUCCCACAGAUAGUGUCCCCAGCUCAGAGUGACUAUGCUGUCUCCACCAACAUCCACACUAUUCAACCUGUGGCCAAAAAUAUUCCUCCUAACCCUGCCCCAAUGACACCUGUUGAAUAUGACAGAGGGCCUUAUGGACCCCCACCACUUGGAAUGACUAUGCCCAACCACACGCCUUUGCCAAGCUAUCACUACUCCUCCUUCCCAAGCCGUACUAUUAAAUCUGAAUACCCGGACCACUACACAAAUGUCCAUGAUCCCACCACAGUGGGAACUUAUGUGUAUCCUGAGGCCUACCCCAGCAGCUCUCCACCUGAUAUUCCAGAGGUGAUCCUUAAGCUACUUCAGCUGGAGCCAGAUGAGCCUCAAGUAAAGGCCCGGAUACUAUCUUGUCUACAGCAGGAACAGAGCAAAGUUCGGCAAGAAAAGCUCGAUAUGUUUGGCCAGAUGUGCAAGAUGGCUGAUCAGACUCUCUUCUCCAUUGUAGAGUGGGCAAGAAGCUGUAUUUACUUCAAGGAGCUAGAGGUCAGUGACCAAAUGAUCUUGCUGCAGAACUGCUGGAGUGAACUCUUGGUGUUCGAUCAUAUUUACAGGCAAAUGCAACACUGCAAGGAGAACAGCAUCCUUCUAGUAACUGGCCAAGAGAUCGAGUUGUCUGCAAUAUCAUCGCAAGCUGGUUCUACUCUAAAUAACUUAAUCCUGAGAGCACAGGAACUAGUGAUUGUUCUACACUCCCUGCUGGUGGACAGACAAGAAUUUGUGUGCCUGAAAUUCCUCAUACUUUUCAGCCUUGAUGAAAAGUUCCUGGAAAACCACAGCCUAGCAAAGAGCGCCCAGGAAAAAGUCAGUACUGCCCUUCUGGAAUAUACAAUGUGCCACUAUCCUCACUGUAUGGACAAGUACCGCAUGCUCUUGGUAAGGUUAGCCGAAAUCCGAUCGAUCAGCAUGCAAGCCGAAGAGUAUCUGUACCAUAAGCACCUUAGUGGGGAAGUCCCUUGCAACAACUUGCUAAUUGAAAUGCUCCACGCCAAGCGGGCUUGAGCGGUAUCAUCGAGAAGUGACUUUGUUUAAUAGCCUUCUAAAGAUGGUUGAAAGCCAGCAAACCAAAUGGAGACAUUCUUUUUUUUUUCUUUCAGUGCUGCCUGUCCAGAAAAAAAAUGUUGGUGAUGUAUUUAACCUAUAGUAUUGGAAAGUUUCAGAUUUAUUUUAAUAUAACUGUGGCUAUUUACUAAGUGUUAUUAUAUAUGUGAUUACCUGUUAAAAUUCCUUCUUUUUUUUGAGUCAUGACAAUCAAAAUGGUUUGUGGCGCUUAAGAUGGUAAGGGGGGGGAGAGAAUAGAGAGGAAUCUUACUGCUAUAUAAGUAUUAUUUAAAAAUGCAGUUUGUGCACAUUCAGAAUAAUUGUUUCGAUGCAAUAUCAUUACAUAUUUAAAAAGUAAGAAGAAUUUAUAUUUACAAAAGGCCAAACAGACCAAUUGACAUGCUGUUUCUUAAUUUUAAUUUUGCAUCUGACUGUUUAUUAAUCUGAUCAAACUUUUGAACUAUAACUAUGGUAUAUACACCCAAAAUGGAAAUUUUUGCCAAAUAUUUUAAAUGAUUUUUUUUUAAAUUUUUUUUCAUAGUGACCUACCUCAAUCUAAUUAAUUUAGUUGCUGUAAACAACUCAAUCAUGCUGUUUGACAGCAGAGCAAUCUGUGGGAGUCUGUGACUCACAGCAUGAUCACAUUGUUUGUUGCAAGAAAAUAAAAUGCUAGAUGUAAGGACUUUCAAAUAUGCUGGAGUUCUAAGGGCCAAACAAAGCAUUUAUAUCUACCCCUUGGGUAGUGCACACUGCCCCCUGUACCUUGAACUGGGAACUGGAGAAAAUCUGAAGCAAGGAGCAGAGUAUAGUGUGCAGGGGCACAAGGAAGCCCACAUACUUGUUCCUGAAGUUGGAAGGAUCACAAAGAAAGACUGUGUAAGGGAACAUCCAAAUUUGCAUUACCCUUUUACCAGCACAGCAUUUACAGCCAGGUCCAACUCUUUACUCCUUAUAACAGAGGAAGGCCUUAAGAGACAUAAGUGUGGGCCACAAAGGGGGCAGGGUGAUCAGGGGUGGAGUUUUGGCAAGAUGGAGCAGAAAUGCUGUGGAUUGGGGGCAUUGUCAUGUGUGUGCACACUAUUUUUCAUUGUACUUGUUGACAGUUGUUGGAGGUCUCUGCCCAGGUGAUCAGUGGGUUAAUAAGUGGGUCAUCCUGUGGGAAGGGCCUUUAUAGCUCAGUAUUAUGAGCUCCUGUGAUUCCUGACAGCAGCCCUGCACUCCAUUUGAUUUUGAAAAUCAAAAAGCUAUUAAAUGAUUACUCCUGAAAAAAAAAACUUGUUACCAGUUGUUAUAUUGUUGUUAUAUUGGAAAGUCAGUUGCCCUUUAAGCAAAUGUCACAUAUUGGGUUUCAAAAGUCUUGAUGACCUUUUCCUCAAAGUAAAUGGGAAUUUAGCAUGUAGGGCAGAUACAAUUACUAUUACAGGGACCUGUUAGUCAGACUGCUCAUAACCUGGGGUUUUCCAGAUAAAGAUAUAAUCUUUUCAUAAUUUGGAUCUUCAUACCAUAAGGGACAUUUGUCAAGUGUCAAAUUUAGAGUUUAUGGGAGUUUAUUAAAAAAAAC